AUGACGCACGAUACACUUGAGGGCUCUACCGACGUAUCAGUCGUCGAUUCGGCCAGCAUUGAGAAGACGCACUUGCCUGUGGAUGACAAUAAUCAGACGACAGUCUCUCCAGAACCCCAAGACGCGACGAUUGCUGAGAAGGAAGCACAGCUCAAAGCAGAGGAGACCGACGAAAAGGCAGACACACCAACAGAGGAAGAGGAAGUCGAAUACCCAGCGAAAUGGAGAUUAGCACUGAUCACCACAGCAUUAUGCCUGUCGGUAUUCUGUAUGGCUUUAGAUAAUACCAUUAUUGCAACUGCUAUUCCUCGAAUCACCGAUCAGUUCCACGCUGUUGACGAUGUCGGUUGGUACGGCGCUGCGUAUUUACUGACCACCUGCUCUCUGCAACUUGUCUUUGGAAAACUCUAUACAUUCUACUCAGUCAAGUGGACAUACUUGAUUGCCCUCUUCGUGUUCGAGCUGGGCUCGUUCGUUUGUGGUAUUACUCCCAACUCCACUGGCCUGAUUUUAGGCCGAGCUGUAGCUGGUAUGGGCGCUGCUGGUAUCUUUUCUGGUGCCCUUUUGAUUAUUGCGCGAACUGUGCCGCUACGUCAGCGUCCCGCCUACAUGGGCAUGAUCGGUGGUAUGUACGGUAUCGCAUCUGUCGCUGGGCCUCUAAUGGGUGGCGCAUUCACCGACCAUGUCACCUGGCGCUGGUGUUUCUAUAUUAAUUUGCCAUUUGGCGCUAUCACCGGUAUCUUUAUCAUCUUCUUCUUUCAGACGCCGGGUAAAAAGACGAAAGACGCCCCCUUAUCUUUCGUGGAACAGCUGAAAUUGAUGGAUCUCGAGGGAACUGGCUUGUUCAUCCCUGGUGUUGUUUGUCUCUUGCUUGCUUUGCAAUGGGGUGGAACAAAAUAUGCUUGGGACAGUGGACGCAUAAUCGCUUUGUUUGUUCUUUUUGGGGUCUUGAUUAUCGGAUUCGUCGCUAUUCAGAUCUGGAAACAGGAACGAGCAACAGUUCCGCCGCGCAUUUUCAAGAACCGAAACGUAUGGGGUGGAGCAAUCUUUGCCAGUUCGUUGGGCGCGUCCUUUUUUGUCAUGGUCUAUUAUCUCCCCAUCUGGUUCCAAGCCAUUAAAGGCGUCUCUGCUGUCAAGUCAGGUAUCAUGAACUUGCCAAUGAUUCUAGGACUCGUCAUAAUCUCUAUGCUGGGGGGCGGGCUUGUAACUGUUCUCGGAUACUACACUCCUUUUAUGUUUGCCUCAUCCGUCCUUAUGAGUGUUGGCGCUGGAUUGUUGUCCACUUUCGAGGUAGACACUCCACACCCGCAGUGGAUAGGAUACCAGUUCAUUUUCGGUGCCGGAGUCGGCUUCGGCAUGCAACAGACCAUGGUGGCCGUCCAGGCCUGUCUACCCGCGCCCGAUAUUGCGAUUGGCACCUCGAUAAUGAUGUUUGCACAGACUCUCGGUGGCGCCUUGUUCAUCGCCGUCGCACAGAACAUUUUCCAGACCAAGUUGGUCUCCAACGUCGCGGCGGCGAAUAUCCAAGGCCUCGACUCUGCCUUGGUCCUGUCCACCGGAGCCACGCAAAUUCAGACUCUGAUCCCAAAGGAAUUCUUGCCUGCUGUUUUGACUGCAUACAACUCGGCUUUGACGCACACUUUUGAUGUUGCUGUCGGAAUGGCCUGUGUCACCAUUAUUGGCGCAUGUUGUAUUGAAUGGAAGUCUGUUAAGGGUAAGAAAAUCGAGAUGGCUGCAGCUUGA